AAAGAGAGGAGAGAGAGUGCGCUGUUUCUCUCUCCACCUCCUCCUCUGGUAGUCCGUCCAUCUCAGAGCAGCGGCGGUGAGUUUUAUGGGGAGAGUGGCCGCUCCCUGCAGCGGCCCCGGCAAGAUCGUGUCCUUUCUCACCGCAGUUCCGUGCAUAUCCUGUAAACAGCAGCAGCAGCGGCGGCAACGACAUCAUCAGUCUGCGGCAGUGGACCGGGGCAGCAGGAGGAUGAGCGAGCAGGGAAAGAGUGCUGCGUCCACGCCAGCGAGCGGGACACCAGCCCCGGGCUCGGACACGUACAAAGGCUGGCUCUUUAAAUGGACUAACUAUAUCAAAGGUUACCAGCGCAGAUGGUUCGUCCUCAGCAAUGGACUGCUGUCCUAUUACAGGACGCAGGCAGAGAUGGCCCAUACGUGCCGCGGCACCAUCAACCUGGCCACAGCACACAUCGACACCGAAGACGCCUGCAAUAUUGUCCUGAGCAGUGGGGGGCGCACUUACCAUCUGAAAGCCAGCACAGAGGUGGAGAGGCAGAGAUGGGUCACAGCACUGGAGCUGGCCAAGGCCAAAGCUAUCCGAAUGAUGAACAAUCAGUCCGAUGACUCUGCGGACGAGGAGCCCACGUCUCAGUCAGACCACAGUGAGAUCCAGGGCACUCUCAAGACUCUGGCCAGUAAGUUGGAUGACUUGAGCACAUGCAAUGACCUGAUAGCCAAGCACGGAGCGGCGCUGCAGAGGUCUCUGAGUGAGCUCGAGACCUUACGUGUGCCUCUAGAGGGAGGAGAGAAAAUCAAGGCUGUCAAUGAGAGAGCCACCCUCUUUCGCAUCACCUCCAAUGCUAUGAUCAAUGCAUGCCGAGAUUUCUUGAAUCUGGCAGAGAGCCACAGCCGCAGGUGGCAGAGAGUACUUCAGCAUGAGCGAGAGCAGCGCACCCACCUAGAGGAGACCAUCGAGCAGCUAGCCAAGCAGCACAACAGCCUGGAACGAGCCUGGAGAGAGGUCCCCGCGCAUGCUGUCAACACGCCCGAAAUACCCACCACCACCACGGGAGUGAGUGCAAGGCCCAGGAAAGAGGAAGCGAGUGAAGAUGAGGAUACAGAGUAUUUUGAUGCCAUGGAAGACUCACCUGCAUUUAUAACAGUGACUGCCACAGACCCCUCUCAACACAGGCGUUCUCAAAGUAAUCUCAGUGGUGCUAGCGGAGGACAGCCCAGUGACUGGAACCAGGAAGACAAUUGUUCUGUGAGCAGUAAUGAUUUUUCAGGGAAAGACCUGCAGCCUCACAGGAAGAGGCGGACCCAGAUACCGGAGAAGCCCAACUAUUCGCUCAAUCUGUGGAGCAUCAUGAAGAACUGCAUUGGCAAAGAGCUCUCUAAGAUCCCAAUGCCUGUGAACUUUAACGAGCCCCUGUCCAUGCUGCAGCGCUUGACGGAGGAUUUGGAGUACCACGAGCUGCUGGAUAAGGCGGCGCGUUGUGAGAACUCUCUGGAGCAGAUGUGUCUGGUCGCAGCCUUCUCCGUCUCCUCAUACUCCACCACAGUGCACCGGACAGCCAAGCCCUUCAACCCUCUCCUGGGAGAGACCUAUGAACUGGACCGCCUGGAAGAAUUCGGCUACCGUUCCCUCUGUGAACAGGUCAGUCAUCAUCCACCGGCAGCUGCUCAUCAUGUGAUGUCACAGCGAGGCUGGACCCUGUGGCAGGAAAUUACCAUCGCUAGCAAGUUCCGUGGCAAAUACCUCUCCAUCAUGCCUCUAGGUGCGAUCCACCUACAGUUUCAUGCAAGUGGAAACCACUAUGUGUGGCGAAAAGUCACCUCCACCGUGCACAACAUCAUUGUGGGCAAACUGUGGAUCGAUCAGUCAGGAGAUAUUGAUAUAGUCAACCACAGGACUAAAGAGACCUGUCAGCUCAAGUUCUCACCGUACAGCUACUUUUCAAGGGAAGUCCCACGAAAGGUCGCAGGGGUGGUGAAGGACGGUGAUGGCCAGGCCCACUACAUCCUGUCAGGUACAUGGGACGAUAAGAUGGAGAGCGCCAAGAUUGUGCAGAGUAGCAGAGGAAGCAGCAGCUCUGAGGGCAAACAGAAGACUGUCUAUCAGACGCUCACACCCAAACUGCUGUGGAAGAAAUACCCUCUACCAGAGAAUGCUGAGAACAUGUACUAUUUCUCCUCUCUGGCUUUGACCCUGAAUGAGGAAGAGGAAGGUGUGUGUUGGACGGACAGCAGGCUGAGGCCAGACCAGCGGCUGAUGGAAGCGGGACGCUGGGACGAGGCCAACGCAGAGAAACAAAGGCUGGAGGAAAAACAGAGAGCCACAAGGAGGAGGAGAGAAGCUGAGGCCUCCAAAAACAUAGAGGAAGGACAGGGCUUUGAGGGUUACAGGCCGCUGUGGUUUCACCAGAGGACAGAUGAAAUGACGGGAGAGACUAUCUACGUUUAUAAGGGGGGUUAUUGGGAGGCCAAAGAAAGACAAGAAUGGAGUACGUGUCCUGAUAUCUUCUGAACACACAAAACCAUUGACUAACUCUGCAGAUAGACAAAAGAGGAAUAACCCUCUACAUGGACUAAUCAGGGCCUUGGGACUGCUGAAGUAGUGGAGACAGGUUAUGAACACCUGUGCUUUUUGAACUCUUAGAGAGCGUGUGUGUUUGUGUGUUCGCAGCCCAAUGAAAUAUAUCUUUGCCUGUCUCUUAAACAGACUACUAAAAUGGGAGAACAGUAAAAUGUUCACCUCAAAGAUGAGAAAUGCGCAGUUGAACUCUUCUAGCCAAGUGCCGCCCCAGUUUAUCUUCUAAAGCAAAUCAGGUUCUUUUUAUUCAGUACAACUCCAUCAGAAAUGCACUUUCCUCUCUUCCCGGCAUCUCUUACAGUGAAGUACACUGAACUGAGUCUUGUUUAUAAAGAGAUCAUAUCAAAGACGCUCCUCCCCGUCCCAUGCUGGCUUGGACAGCACAUGAACAAACACAUAUGAAGCAGACUCGGCUCAACACAAUGCAGCUGCAACAUUUCUGUGAAUUAUCAGGUUGUUCAGCUUGUGUGCUACAUUUAGUUUCAUAUCAACAACAAUACCAUAUUUGGGCAAAGGAAGUUCUUGUACUUGUAUAUCCCAAAGAAUUAGGUUCUUUUAUUGGACACACAGCUGAAGACUUUCUCCCUGGCUCCGCCCACUUUAAAUAACUAAUGACAGUUGGGAUUAAUCUCCUGUCUUCAGUUAGCCAAUGAGCUUCAGGCUAGCAUUAAAAGAACCCUUGUGUCUGUUUUAUUUGACAGUGUAGGUAUUCUUACACAAAUGUGUUUUAAAUCCAUGAAUUGUCAUGCACAUUAAUGAGCUGCUUCCUGCCUUGGCCUGAAGUCCCCAGUGGUCAAUAUCAUGUUACUGUGACUGCCACAGUUAAAUGCAUAUCAAUGCAAGUAAACAAAUAUUUUUUUUGUACAAUCAGGAUACGUAAUGAAUUAAUGAAUGAUCAACCAAUAAAAGUAAACAAGUUUCCCGCUUGACUCUCUCAGAGGACACGGCAAACAAUCAUCCACUCCCAAUAUAAAGUGUGCUACUGAAAACACAAGAAAACAGCUUGCUGACAGUUUAUAAUGUGUGUUUAUAAUUUGCUUAUAUUUAAUAGCAGUAGACAGUGGAUCAAAACACCCAAGUGUUCCUAAUGAGGGAGAUAUUUUACAUUACAAUGUGGCGAUAGAGAAGUACAUUGUAGUACUUUUUAAAACUGGUAUUUCAGUGCCCUGUAACAGAAACAGAUUUUUAAUUUAUUCUGGAGGUUAUAAAUCAAGUACUCAGGAGUGAUACUUGAUUUAUAACCUCCAGUGUUUUGCUGAGCACUUUAAAACUGUAGCCUGUUGCAAAGUUGUAUAACUUCAGUCACGUUCACAGAAACAUAUCAACAGUCUUUAUUUAGUUUAGAGAAAGUCCAGUGGGUUGAGACCUGACAUCUCUGGAGAUCAGUUCUCACUUUAUUUCUGAUUGCUGUUAAAAAUGUUGAAUUAGGCUGGAGAUCUAAUUUGGCACUCACAUCACCAUAUGUAUUUUGUGAUAACCAUAAUUAUUACUAUUAUUAAGGAAACUAAAGUAAUGAUGCCAUGACAUCCUAAUAAAUGCUGUUUUGGUAUAAACCUGAAUUUUAACCAAGAUGUUAACUUGUAAAUGGACCUUUUCAUUUAAAAUGACCAAGCUAGUCAAAGUUUCAUUUUUGACAAGCUGUCAAUGUAUGAUUAUAAAUGUUAAUAUUUCUGAUUAAAACUCAUGGACUUGGA